AUGCCGUCGGAAAAUACUGAAUUAUUAUUGUGUUAUAACAGAGGUUGCGGUAAUAGAUUCGAUCCGCUCAAAAACAACGAAGAUGCUUGUACAUUUCACCCGGGAAAUCCAGUUUUUCACGAUGCUUACAAAUCUUGGUCGUGCUGUAAUAAAAGAUCAACAGAUUUUACUGAGUUUUUAAACAUAAAAGGUUGCACAAAAUCUUGUCAUUCAAAUGUAAAACCUCCACAACCUGAAAAACCAAAUGUUGACAAAACUAAAAAUGGUGAAGUCAUUGAAUACAUUGCACCAAGAGUGAAAAUGUCAACUCUUGAAAGGCCACCUUUUGAUACUCCCCUUUUGAAAAUGACUCCAGAUGUAUCGCCAGCUCUUAAAACUCAAAUUGAAAAUUUAGUUAGUCAAAAUAAUGAAUCUGAUAAUUCAGGUGAAGUAAUGAUUGGAACUGCGUGUAAAAACAGAGGAUGUAAAUCUGCAUACAAAGGAACAGAAUCAAAUGAAGAAGAAUGUGUGUAUCAUCCAGGAGUUCCAGUUUUUCAUGAAGGUUUAAAAUCGUGGUCGUGUUGCAAGAAAAAAACAACAGAUUUUGCAACUUUUUUGGAACAAUUGGGUUGUGAAAAAGGAAAUCAUGUUUGGGUGAAAGAAAAUGAUGAAAAUGAAAGGACGGAUUGUCGAUAUGAUUGGCAUCAGACAGGAAGUCAUAUUGUGAUGUCGGUUUAUGCGAAAAAAUAUCAUCCAGAUAAAUCAAUAAUCGAAUUGAAUCCCAUAAGGAUUAAAAUGAAUAUUUUUUUCCCAGAAAACAAUUCUGCUUUUAAUAAAGAUUUAGAAUUGUUUGGAAUUGUCGACGUUGAAAAAAGCGAAAUUAAAAUGUUACAAACAAAAGUAGAAAUCAAAUUGAAAAAAGCUGAACCUGCUAAUUGGCCUAAAUUAGAAUUGCCCAGGAUUCAAUCAUAA